AUGCUGCUGCCGCCGCUGAGGAGGCUUGUUCGCCGCAGCCUCGGCAGGGCUCCCCCUUUCUCUUGCUGCUGGCCCCGCCAGGGGCCUUCCCCCGCCCCGCGGGGCUACAGCAGCAGCGCGGGGCGCAAGGGCCUUGUCUUAGGAGUCUAUGCAAAAGAAAAAGAAGAGGCGGUUCCUCAGUUUACUAAUGCCGGAGAGACUUUUGAUAGACUUAUAUCUGGAAAGCUGACAGAGUUAUUGUCUAUAUCUGGGCCUCCUUUGAAGAAAGGCAAAACACGCCUAUUUCAUGGCUUGCAUCAGGAUUUUCCAAGUGUUGUAGUUGUCGGCUUGGGUAAGAAGGCUGCUGGAGUAAAUGAUCAAGAAAACUGGAAUGAGGACAAAGAAAAUAUUCGGACAGCUGUUGCAGUUGGAUGCAGACAAGUUCAGGACCUGGAGGUCCCUUGUGUUGAAGUAGACCCCUGUGGAGAUGCUCAGUCUGCUGCAGAAGGAGCUGUUCUUGGGCUAUAUGAAUACAAUGAACUUAAGCAAAAAAAGAAACCCGUAGUUACUGCUCAGCUACAUGGAAGUGAUGGCAAGGAAGCCUGGCAAAAAGGUGUCAUGUUUGCUGAGGGUCAAAACCUGGCUCGCUAUUUGAUGGAGGCCCCGGCUAAUUAUAUAACACCAAUGAAAUUUGCUGAAGUUAUUGAACAGAAACUCAGAAGUGUUCAUAGCAAUGUGAAGGUCCAUAUAAGGUCAAAAGCAUGGAUAGAAGAACAACAGAUGGGAGCAUUCUUGAGUGUAGCUAAGGGCUCAGAUGAGCCUCCAGUCUUCUUGGAGAUUCACUAUUCAGGCAGUGCUAAUGCAAAUGACUCUCCAUUAGUGUUUGUUGGAAAAGGAGUUACCUUUGAUAGUGGUGGCAUUUCACUUAAGCCUUCUUCAGGUAUGGAUGCAAUGAGAGCAGAUAUGGGAGGAGCAGCAACUGUGUGUUCAGCCAUUGUGACAGCAGCAACACUAAAUCUACCUCUUAAUAUAAUUGGUUUGGCACCUCUCUGUGAAAAUAUGCCCAGCAGUAGGGCAAACAAGCCUGGAGAUGUUGUUCGAGCCAAGAAUGGGAAAACAAUCCAGGUUGAUAACACAGAUGCAGAGGGAAGGUUGCUAUUAGCUGAUGCUCUCUGUUAUGCCCACAAUUUUAAUGCAAGGGCCAUUGUGAAUGCUGCGACACUAACAGGUGCCAUGGAUGUAGCAUUAGGAUCUGCUGCGACUGGAGUUUUUACCAGUUCACCUUGGCUUUGGACUCACCUUUAUGAGGCCAGUAUUUUGACAGGAGAUCGUGUUUGGAGAAUGCCUCUCUUUGAACAUUACACAAAACAAGUUACCGAUUGUCCACUUGCAGACCUCAGUAAUGUUGGAAAAUAUAGCAGAGCUGGAGGCGCAUGCACAGCUGCUGCCUUCCUGAAAGAAUUUGUGACUGCGGCUAACUGGGCUCAUUUAGAUAUUGCUGGUGUGAUGUCAAAUAAAGAUGAGGUUCCUUAUCUUCGAAAAGGCAUGGCAGGACGACCCACACGAACAUUAGUAGAGUUUGCUACACGCUUGAGCCAAGACAAGGAAAGUGUCUAGUAAAAUGCUAAUUCUGUAAUCUUCCACUCUGCCUUAAAUCUGUCUACUUCAAUUAAUCUUAAAAUGUAUUUUAAAACAACUUAAUGGCCUAU